AAGGGUUCAACUGCCAAACAUGGGCAAAUAGCUCCUCGUCGUUCAACCACGACGAGGUCGGACGAACUCCUCAACGUUUGGAGUGGUCCAUUCGACCGUCAGCAAUGAACAUGGCCUCUCAUCGACCAACACAGUCUAUUUCCUCAAAUAAUCUGCUUCCUCCAACUACCCCAGAUCACAAGCAACAACGGAGAAUGACUAGCCCCAACCUUGGACAAGGCUCUGGACGACCACCUUCUCCACUGCGCAACGGUUUUGUUCCCAGCUCUUCAACCGGAAUCGAUCCGCAUGCUGCAGACGACGAGGGCGAUGAUGAUGACGACGACGACGACGAUGAUGGUGACGAUGGCGAGAGACGAGGCCGCUACCUCCAACGCUCCCCAUCGCCUGCAUCUUCUGUCUCUCAGAUGGCAGCAAGCUUCGCUCAGAGAGUGGGAAAUUUCGUCGGCGGAAUAGCCCCUCGUUCUCCCAGCUUGCUUCCAUCCGAUGCAGAGCUGGAGGCUGAAGCUGAAAGAGAAAGAGACCGAACCAGAAGGGAGGCUGAACGAAUCCUUCGUCAUGAAGCAGGGGAGCGUAAAUUGCUCGAAGACCGUGUUCUUGCCUUGAUGGAAAACACCAGAUCACCACCACCGCCACCAUCUCGUUCUCAGACGAUGCCUAAUCCACCCUCUCCGUCUUCUUCUCAAAAAGAUGGCGGUAGCUGGUGGACAACGGCGAAGAAUAAACUCACUCCUACAAAGGAGUUAACGCCUGCCCAGCAGGUGAUUCAAGACGCUAAGACGCGAGAGAAGGAGAUAAAGAAGCUGGCGAAGGGGAAGGAGAAGGAGAAGGAGAAGGAGAAAGAAUGGUCCCCGAACAUGCAGCAGCAACCAAAAUAUCCCGAUUCAGCCUUACUUAAUCUCAACACGCCCCAGCAGCCACGCCGUCCUGCACCUGGAUCUCCUGCCUCACCUACGCCAUCACGGUCAAUGGCACCUAAUCUUUCACCUUCGCCCAUGCGCUCCGGCGAAGUCGGUUCCUCGUCUCCUUCCCGAGAAGCUCCUCCCCUUUACGCCCAAUUCAACGCGCAAGGGACGUUAGAUGUGCAUGUUACCCUUCUUACCAUUGCCAAGCGGUUCGAGAAAUUGGAAAAGUGGACGGUCGGUCAUGUUCGCGCUCUUGAAGAACGCAUGGGAGACGUGGAACGGUGGCUUGUCGAUAAGGAAAAGGAGAAGGAAGACGCCGCCACCUCGUCUCAACGAUCGGCUGAACCUACAUCCCUCACUUCGGAAGCGGUAUCGGAAGAGGUACGGGAGCUUCGAGAAGAGAUCGUCGAACUUCAAGGUCGUAUCGGUGAGAUUGGACGAGAGAUGGCACGGAUGGCGAUCUCACCUGGAAAGCUCUCCUCAACGAUGUCGCGACAAUCUGCCGAAGUGACCGUCUCUCCCAGCACUGGCUCGCCUUCCAUUCAGCAUGAAAGAGUUACCUCUUCGACUGCUGACAUCGUCGACCCCGACCCCACCUUUAGUGCAACGCCACACGCUCGAACACGCGUUCCCUCCGUUACCGCUCGACACAGUACGAGUCCACCUAUGACCUCCUCGAAAGCAUCAACCGGCACUCGACUUCCUUAUCCCACCGGUGACUAUGCUCCGGAUCCCUCAAUAAGCGGGUUCUUCUCUCCUACCAGCUCUCCGCCAUCGUCUGUGGGCAAAACCCAUCCGAUGUCUGCGCAGAAUACUACCGGACUUGCCGCAACGUCUCCCAGUAAUACGAACACGCAACAGCCCCCUCUUUCUUCAUCUGCUUCAUCCUCCUAUUCCCUAGGGUCGUAUUCAUCCACCUCCUCCAUUUCCUCAAUCAUUCCUGGGUACAAUCCUACAAAUAGCUUGACUUCGCCAUCUUCAUCUCCAGCCCCUGGACUUGGAAAGCCUUCUUCUAGAGGUCUUCCUGUCCCACCAACGCCUAAAACCUCGUCGCCAUCGCUUAGACAGUCUAGCGUUAGUCCUACCCCGAGGAAACGCUACACAGUCGCAUUAGGUGGACCGAUUGUUCCUCCCGAUGAUUUUGAGGAACAGCAGAGCUCGUCGAGGAAUCGUCCGACGACACCGCAUUCGAGUAGAGGUCGUUAUACGGCUUCGCCAGCCAAUGAUACCGAGUUGGAAGGGAAUGGGAAGGACCACCGCGGUGACGAAGAAGAAACACAAGGGUCUGAGUUUCAGGAUGAGACAAUUGGCAAGUCUAAAUCUGCGAGAAUGGCGAUCCCUGUCGCUUCUGGAACGCGGUCAUCCAAUGGGGAAGGUGUUAUUCCUGCUACCAGCAUUGCAAAAUCGCUUCCUUCUUCUCCUUCGAACCCGCGUAAGAUGAGAGCGCAAUCUGCAUAUGGGUUGUCGGCUAUUCACGCUCAAUCGCCUAAUACGGUGGGGGUAUUGGGUGGAGGAGGGGAUUUGUCUUUACCUUCGGUGGCGCCGUUAAGACCAAAGUCCCGGUCCAAGUCUACGGAACGGUUGGAGCGUGGAGGGGGGAAUGGGUUUGUUGAUCCGUUGUUGUUGAGGAAGCAGGCGGGUAAUAUGAAGAUGGCUAUGCCUAAGCCGAUUGGGAAGGUGCCUGUUGGACAGUUGGUUGCAUUUUUUGAUGGAGAGAGGAAGUGAGUUGCGGAUGCAUGUGGAUCUGUAAGUUUUCAUUAUCUUCGCGAUUUUUAUGAGGUUCACUGCAAGGAAAGACUUUUUUCAUGUCGACAAUUAUCUUAUACCCUACAUACCAAGCAUCUCUCUUUCCUGUUUAAUCUCUGUUGUUGCUUUCAUUUAUUUCGAUGAUCUAUAUACACAAUGUCGUGCUCCCAUUUUACGCUUUUUAUGACUUGUCUCUUGUGUAUAUCAAUACUACCACUGCAUCUUCCUCUUCUCACCUCUCAAGUAUGUAACCGAUAUCUUCUCUCUUGAAACUUGCUCGCGAUGUUGCGACGAAUCUAUAGUGCGAUCUAAGAGUCACGAUUAGGAGUUUUAUGUUGUUUCCAU